AUGCUGACGCCACCUUCCCGGGACCUGCAAGACCGGUUUGGGGACCAGAGUCAGUGCGCUGGGGGCGCGGGUGGGGCUACCCGGGGUCCCGGACCAGCAGACAGCUCGGGAAGGGCAGGCGCUGGCAGCCCCGCACAGGGCGAUCCCGGGGUCCACCCUCCCACGAGGAGCGACCUCACACUUCCCCGGAGCGGCAGCGCGGCUGCUGCGUGGCGGGCGCAGGAGCCCGCGGGGGCCGGGCCGGGCUGGGGGACCGCAGGUGCGGGUCUGGCUCCGGGCGCGGCGCUGGCCGGACUCGCUCAACUAACUCGGCGGCGAGCGGCGCCGGGCCGUGGUGGGGGCGGGGGGGCGGGGGCCGAGUCUCACCUGUGCCUGCAGCUCUGCCGGAGCCCGACGGGGCCGGGGCGCGAGCUCCUCCUCCGCCGCCGCUGCCUCCGCUGCCCGGGCGACCGGGGGCCGCGCGGGGGCCCUGGGGGGAGGAGCAGUGGGUCCCGCCGCCCCGCCCCGCCCCGCGCCCCCCGCCCCGCGCGCCCCCUCCGCCUCCUCCCCUCCCGCUGGGCGCUGGGCUCCCGGCUCCCGGGCUCCGCUCGCCUCGCAGGGUAUUUUCCAGGCUGCGGAGGUAAGAGCUGCGGGAGCACCGAGCCCCGCCCCGCCCCGCCCCGCCGGGUCCUAGCGCCCGCCCCCGUGAGCCCCGGGGAAGGGGCGAAGUCCGGGAGGAGCUUCACACCAGCAGAGGACUGGGGACCGAGGAGCAUUAGCCGGCGGCGUAGCGAAGUAGCAAAGUAGCCUGGACUCUCAGAUUCUGAGAAGAAGCGUGCACCCUUUGGAAGGCUUCCUUCAGCGGCAUUACCUCCUCACGCUCAAACAGUGCCUGCCAGCAGGGACAGGGAGCCUGGCCCUACCUCCUCACAGGGCAGAGAGUACUGAGCAAGGUGCCGCUUCUCAGGCCGAAGGGCUGGUGUGGGUGGUCCUCGCCUGGGCCUCUGCUGUGAGAACGAGGUUCUAGGCCAAGCUCCAUUCUGGGAUCAGGGCAUUGUUGCCUAGGGGGCUCUUCCUGGAGUCCUGGGCCAGUGGGCAUCUCCACCUCUCCCCUGGAGGAGGCUGCCUCCUUCAGCACCUUCUAAAUUUAGGGCUUAGUUCUGUGACUCAUUUCUGGAUCUGCUUGGCUCCCUCCUCCAGGAGUGUGCUCCCACGGUAUUUUUAUCCUCCACUGCCACAGACUGAAGAAUACAGACCCCAAGUUCUGCAGGAACCCCAGACUAAGAAGGAUUCCCUGCUCCCGCUUGCCCAAGUUGCUCUGGACAGCUCUCCGACCAGAACCUAUACUCCAGUCCCACUUCCAUCUUCCCAGCUUCCUCUUCCCCAACCAGAGCCACUGAGCUGGUGGUGGUGUGGCCGUCUUGGGGGCUCUCUUCCAGGGGAAAAGGGGUGGAACCAAAUCCUGUCUCCUCCCAUCUGGCUUCUAGACAGAUCCCACACUUGAACGCAGGAGAUCUGCUUCUUUACCAGGCUCCCUCCGCUGGCCUUACUGCACUUUUCUUCCCACCUCUAAAUAAGGAGUUUGAACCACAUUACUACUUAUAAAGGCUUGGACCAAAGCUGAAAUCACCACUGGGCCAGGCCUCCACCCAUCUUCAAGCAGGGUGGGCCAGGGGUGGGGUUUCUCAUGCCUAGUGGGUCCUGUCUGUCAUUUAGGAGCCUCUCUGGACCCAGCGCCUGCUUUGUUCAAAAGAAACACAGCGGAGAGAGUGCUCAGUGGUUAAGAGCACUGUCUGCUCUUCCAAAGGUCAUGAGUCCAAUUCCCAGCAACCACAUGGUGGCUCACAACCAUCUAUAAUGUGAACUGAUUCUCUCU